AUGGGGGCCAACGCGGAUGAUGACGUCACUGUCUCCCCCAAGCCGGGAGUUUCGACCAAUACGGCAAUUAUCACCAGGACAAUGAGCGAAAUCUUCAGCGUCCCUCGGGAAGUCUUCUCAACGCCUGAAGAUUCCACGGAGACCAGCCUGAAGACGGAAAUGCUCAACCUCGCGCAGGCAGUCAUGGGGCUGAACGCCAGCGACGGGCAGACGGCGGCGGCGCUGGAGUCGCUGGAGAUCCUCAACGGGUCCCGCCUCGAGGCCGCCGCCCUGCCCAUCAACCUGACGGACGCCUUCAACAUCAGCGACCUCGCGCCCACGCCCAACAUCACGAUGCCCAACUCGCGCGGGGGCGGCGUCGCGCAGGACAGCUUCGGGGACGACGCCGCCUGGAUCCUGACGACCUUCAUCAUCUUCACCAUGCAGUCGGGUUUCGGGCUGCUGGAGUCUGGCGCCGUGUCCAUGAAGAACGAGGCCAACAUCAUGGUGAAGAACGUGGUUGACGUCGUCCUCGGAGGCAUCACCUACUGGCUCUUCGGCUACGCGUUGUCCUUCGGGGAGUCGGAGUGGACGAACCCCUUCUGCGGGUGGGGCGGCUUCGCCCUCAACCCCAGCGAGGAGGAAAUGGGCAAGGUCUACACCACUUUCUUCUUCCAGCUCUCCUUCGCCACCACCGCCACCACCAUCGUCUCCGGCGCCGUCGCGGAGAGGUUCAACUUCGUCGCCUACGUCAUCUUCUCCGCCGUGAACACCGUGGUCUACUGCUUGCCGGCGGGUUGGCUCUGGGGCGCCCACGGGUUCCUCUAUCAACUCGGGGUGGUCGACAUCGCCGGCUCCUGCGGGGUGCACCUCUGCGGGGGGUCUUCGGCCCUGAUCGCCUCGAAGCUCGUGGGCCCCAGGAUCGGCCGCUACGACGACGGCGAGGACCCCCUGCCGAUGGGGUCCCCGACGAACGCUAUUCUGGGGAUGUUCAUGCUGUGGUGGGGGUGGCUCGGCUUCAACUGCGGCAGCACCUUCGGCAUCACUGACAACAAGUGGAAGUACGCCGCCCGCACCGCCGUCACCACACUGCAGGCGAGCAUCGGAGGCGGACUCGCGGGCAUGAGCCUCUCGUGGUACAAAGAAUCACCGGCUGGAGAUCGGGGACGUCGUCAACAGCGUUCUGGGCGCUGGUUAGCAUCACGGGAGAUCGGGGAUGUCGUCAACAGCGUUCUGGGGGCGCUGGUUAGCAUCACGGCCGGGUGCGCCCUCUUCACCACGUAGGCUCUCUUCAUCGGCAUCGUGGGCGGCCUCAUCGCUGUGCUGGCGAUGCCUCUCUUCGACAAACUCCACAUUGACGACCCCGUGGGAGCGACGUCCGUGCAUGGCCUAUGUGGAAUUUGGGCGAUGAUCUCCAUAGGCCUCUUCGUCAAAGCGGACUCUCUCCUCGGCAUGACAGGAGGCAAAGCUGGUCUCUUUCGGGGUGGCGGGUUCUACCUCCUCGGCGUGCAGACUUUGGCGUGUGUUGUGACUUCUGUUUGGUCAAUGUCUGUCACUUACUUUCUGCUCACGUUCAUCGACAAGUUCGUAGUCAGCAUCAGAAUGUCCGAGUGGGAGGAGCUAGUCGGCGCCGACUUCGCCGAGCACGGAAUCAGACGCCGCGGGGUCGGGGGUGUCGCGCGCCGUGUCCGUGUUAGGAUUCAAUCACAAUGGCUUCGACUACAGUGA